UUAAAGAGUUUUAUGCCUGUCAAUAUUAAAAAACUAAAAAAUCAAAUUGAAUUUUAUUUUAGUGAAACAAAUUUAAGACGUGACAAAUAUUUAAGAAAUCUUUUAGGACCUUCAUUAAAUAAUAGCAUCAAUAUCUCAGAGUUACUAAACUUUAACAAAGUUACCAAUCUUACUAAGAAUAUACAAGAUGUUAUUAGAGCCAUAAUUAGAUCAAAUAAAUUUGAGUUAAAUGAUGAUAAAACAUAUUUUAAAUUACAUCCAGACUUUUUGUUAAACAAGGGAAUAUAUUUAUCUGAUAAGCUUAAUAUAAAAUCCUAUGAUGAAGAUCUAAGAACAAUAUUUAUAAGAACUUUUGCUAGCUCAAAAAUUAUAGAUAUCGAUUUGAUUAAAGAUUGGUUUUCUUAUUUUGGCACUGUUCUAUAUGUUAAAAUCAUUAAAAAAGAAAAUAUUAAUGAUUCAUUUGAUAUUAAGAAAAUAAAUACAAAUGAUAUAAAACAUGCUUAUAUUAUAUUUGAAUCCGAUAUAUCAAUCAAACAACUAUUAAAAUUUAAAAAAGAUGGGGUUUAUGAAUUUAAAAGAAAAACUCAUGAUAUAAAAGACCAGACACAUAAACCUCAAUUAUCAAAUAAUAUAAAUCAAGAUAUAAAAUCUGAAAAUGACGAUCAAUUUAAGUCUAGUAAUACCAAAAGAAAUAACUUAAGCCAAGAAGUUAAUGUCACCGAAGAUUUUAUCUCCAAGGCCAUUAAUUCAUAUACUCAUUCUGAAAAAUUAUUAACUUUGUCAGUUAAAAGACAAAGACAUGAUUGCCCUGAAUAUGACAAUUCAAUUCAUAACCAAAAAGAAUAUUUCAAGAAGGAUUAUGUUCAAAUCAAUAAAAAGGCUAGGUUAACAAUGAACAACAAGGAAUUCAAAUUUGGAACAAAUUAUCAAAUAAAUAAUCACAUCAACCAUCUUAAAAAGCCUUUACCAAUAAACAGCCCAAAACCCAAUUCAAAAAGCAAUGUUAAUCUAAAUCAUUCGAAUGUGGUAGAUUCUCAAAAUCACUAUUAUAAGCACAGAAGAAAGAAGCCUAGACUUUACGACAAAGAAAUGUAUCACGAAGAGCAAGGACAUCAUGCUAACCUUUUAGAUCAAAACUUUAAUAAAGUGCAUCAGAUAUAUAGUCCAAAAGGUAGAACGAACAAAGAAAACCCCAUUUACGAAGCGACACACAAUAUUGCUGACAUAAAUGAGCCUAUCAAAUUAACAAAACAUCGCAACAGGCAUCAUUCUAAAAAGAUGGGCAAAAAUAUAAAAGAGGCGUUAGAAACGAUAAAAUCGCUUGACAUCUUGACAAAAACUCAAUGGCUCAAAAAUAUUCGAAAAAGUAAGUACACAAAUCCCUUAGAAUUCCAUAAGCGAAAUUUAAGCUCAAAAAAUUGUCACAUUCUUCUCUUCCACACCAACAGCCAACGUAAAAUAUUAUGUUCCCAAGAAUUGGAUCAACAAUUAACACUUUUGGGCCUUCAAAACUUCAAGGUGUACUUAUUCAAAGACGCGUCCCGUUCCUCUCCUAUAUCUUCCCUAGGACUCACGGUGGAGCAAUCAGUUUUCCAGGGUUACGUAAUGCUCAAGGAUAAGGCCGAAUUAGAUAAAAUUACGAGCGCUCAUUGGUCGGACUUGGUUUUUACGCUCACCAAUCCCGGAGACCCGUAAAAGUCUAAUCCAAAAAUGAUUGAUGAUCGAUUGGUUGAUUUAUAGGAUAUACGAGUCUAUAUCGCCCAAUGUGCAAGCAAGCAAGCAUGGAAUGCAUAGGGGUGGGGGGGGGGUAUAACUU